AGUGGAUCAGGCGAGCAACGGAGACUGGUGUCAGAGGGAGGGAGUCAUGACUCGGCUGGUUUCCAGCAACGCUCCAUUUCUGCUUGUAUUGGAUGGUGGUGACUGGAUUAGCAACAUAAAUGGCAUUGUAAGUUGGAAAGCUGUGACUUAUGUUGAACUUAGAAACCGAUCAGACACCGGCAAAGCCAACACAUCACCGCAGACCACCAUCAUGCCAGCUGUGAGAGUUCCUUCAAACUGUCAAAGAGAUUUCAACUUAUUGGCAUUUGACCCAGAUGGAGACGAGGUCAAAUGCAGAAAUGGAAAUGGUUCAUUGUCAGAGUGUAACCCUUGCACACCACCGUCUGUCAUCAGCCUCUCACCUUCUUGUACGCUGUCAUUCAGCCCCACUAACAGCAGCAAUGAAGGUCCGUAUGCUGUGCAGCUGGUGAUGGAGGACUUUCCCAGACAGACCAUCAGCCUGACACAAACCUGCGGUUCAUUGGUGGUGAAAACUACCAACGACGCAAUCAGCAAGAUACCCAUUCAGUUUGUUUUGAUAGUGGAUCCUGCUGUACCAUCCUGCACAGAGGGAGACUUUCUGCCCAAGUUUCUAUCUCCAACUCCAGCCAACAGAGCUCAGCUGUUCACCUUUGUUAAUCAGGCACUAGAAAUAACCAUCAGAGCAGAGGCUGGUAACUCCACGAUCUCUGAACUGCUGUUCAGCGGGCCAUACAACGUAAUCCAGAAUUCAACAGGCUCAGGGCAGUUUACCCUAAAAUGGACACCAUCGGAUCAAGAAGAUGGAGAAAGCCAUCCCAUCUGUUUCGUCAUCAGCGCAAGUUCAUCUAGUGGCGCUCUAUAUCACUCUGAGCUUCGAUGUGUCGUUGUGACAGUCGGAAACAGCCCAUCAGUAACUACAACGCCUUCUGUGACAAUCACACCACCGACUACAACAACCACACAGCCUACAACCACGACCCCAUCUAAUACUACACUAAUUACAGCACCUGCCUCUGGCCCAUGUAAAUAUGUUUUUGUUAUUGCUGUCAACAUAAGGAUGUCUACUACACUGUCAUUGGAAAAUAACAUUGAUGCCAUCCUUACACAGCUUAAAGAGGAACUGGUGAGACGAGGCCUCCCAUCAAACAUAAGCCUACGCCUUCUGAGGAGUAAAAAACUGGAAAUAACAACCACACCUGGCGGUUGAUUGGUUAUGGCCAUGCAACUGCUCCCUGCUGAGAUAUACACA